AUGGAUCGAUCCAACAAAAGUCCCCCCCCCCUUCCCGUGAAUCCCUCGUGGGCACAGGCGGAUUACUACACAGAGAGCAAGACCUGGUGCGGACCAGCCCAGACCUCGCCAGGCGAGAAGGCCAGACCCGACACGGGACCGGGGGUUGGCAGUCUCUCUCUUUCUGUCUCUGCCGCGCUCUCGAUCCUACACAGACACAGAGUAGAGUCCGCGACUGUUUCUCUUUGUCUCUCGACGGGGGAAGACGGUACGUAUCGGGAGACUGGAUCCAUCACUCUCAUCAUCAUCAUCCACCACCACCUGUUCUGCAUUCUCUUCACAUUCACACUCAAACCGUCCCCAUCCGUCUCCGUCACAGGCCCCCGAUUCCCUCCUCCCACCCACCGUCGAUGCUGCACUGGACUCGCCUCGAAAACCCGGCCGACGGGCGCGGGUGCGCUGGUGGGCGCCGCUAUUGCCGUUGGUCUUUCGAUAGGUAGUCUCCCGCCAUCGGCACCCACCUCAUCAUAA